AAUCCAAUUAUGUCCAAUUCCAAUCCGAUGUGCAGCACCGUCCCUUCGAUUAAAAUUUAGAUAAGAUUUUGGGCUUCUGUGCGUCUUUAAUUAUCGCUCAUACUUUACUUCAGUUCGUUGUUAGUUUUAACCACAUGACUUUAAAGAAUUUCCGUUUAUUAGUGGUAAAAUAAUUUAGUUUGCACUUGUGAUCACAUAGUAACCUAACCUUAAAAACCGAGAAGUUGCUGAUCGCAGAACUGUAAAUUCGGUACCUAAAAUUUCGUGUUUUGUUGUAAAUGAUAAGAAUGUCGUCUAAUCACGAGCUCAGGCUCUGAACUGUGGAUCUUUCUUUAUUAAUUUAUCUUAAAUUUUUAAGUUGUCACUCAAGAACUAAAGUUUUGCUCUCCCUACCAAGAUUUAUCUAAUUAUGAUUGAUCAGUAGCCCUGUUGCCUACCACCCUAUCUAUUCAGAUUGUUUAAAUCAUUCCCUGCCAAUUUCUCUUGUGGCUGUUCAUUUUCCGAUUCUGUUGAAGUACUAGUCCUGUUUUCUUAUAAUCUAUUUGCUGUUAAAUUCCUCAAUUAUGGCCGAUAGCGCUAGUGAGAGUGAUUCGAGCUCCAUCGAUGGUGGUCCUAUAAUGAUGCCUCCAUCCCCAAUCACCAGAGAUCAACUGCAGAAGAGGAUUGAAUCAUUACAACAGCAAAAUAGAGUGUGCAAAGUUGAGCUGGAGACGUAUAAAUUGAAAAUUAAAGCCUUGCAAGAAGAAAACAAAAAUUUGCGGCAAGCUUCAGUAACCAUCCAAGCUAAGGCUGAACAAGAAGAAGAAUAUAUCAGCAACACACUAUUGAAAAAAAUUCAAGCAUUGAAAAAAGAAAAAGUGACACUUGCUCAUCACUACGAGCAAGAAGAGGAGUGCCUAACCAAUGAUCUUUCAAGAAAGUUAACACAGCUGCGUCAAGAAAAGUGUCGUUUAGAACAGACCCUAGAGCAAGAGCAAGAAUGUCUUGUAAACAAAUUAAUGCGGAAAAUUGAAAAACUAGAAGCUGAGACGUUGGGCAAGCAAAAAAAUUUGGAGCAACUGCGAAGAGAAAAAGUAGAAUUGGAAAAUACUUUAGAACAGGAACAGGAAGCUUUAGUAAACAAGCUUUGGAAACGAAUGGAUAAACUUGAAACAGAAAAAAGGAUGUUACAAAUUAAACUAGACCAACCAGUUACAGAUCCUGCCCCUGUAAAGGAAAUCAGUAACGGUGAUACUGCCUCUAAUCUUAGUCAUCAUAUUCAAACCCUCCGAUGUGAAGUUACUCAGCUCAAAAAACAACUUCAAAAUGCUCAACAAGAACAUACUGAAAAAAUGGAGCAGUUUGUAAAGGAAGAGCGUCAAAUUAAAGAAGAGAAUUUGAGACUUCAUAGAAAACUGCAGCUCGAAGUGGAAAGAAGAGAAGCAUUAUGUAAACAUUUGUCUGAAUCUGAAAGCAGCUUAGAGAUGGAUGAAGAAAGACUCUUCAAUGAAAUGGCUGUAUCUGGUAGCAUUCGUUCUCGCACUACUUCCAGCCCAAUUCCAUAUCCAUCCCCAUCCUCUUCUAGACCUUUAUCCCCAGGAGCUGGAAACACAGCACCUCGUGAUGGAGCAAGUUUGACAGUCAACCCUCAACGUUGCUACGCCUGUAGUCAAAUUAUUCCAGCUCAUUUUUCUCUUUCUGAUACUUCACCUCCUCUCUCCUUUACGCAGAUGCAUCCAAGGCCUGGUCAGCGUAAUUCCGAAAGAUUUGUUAAACCAGCUAUUCCUAUGUCAGUUGGUGGCGCCACUCCACCCCCUCCAUGCACAGGCUCACCCAGCAACCCUGGCUCUCCCAUGGAUAUCAGUAAAUUUUAAGAUAGGUUGCGUUUAAUUCUGUUUGUGUCAUGAUCACAUCUUCUUGGUGUUAAUUUGAUGUUAUUCUAAGAAUAUCUAACUGUCUUUCAAAGUGAAAAAACGAAAAAAUGGUAAUAUAAGGAUAACACUCUUUACAUAUUCUCCACCUCUACUGUGAACAUUAGAAGUACUUGUUAAGGCUGUUUCAUUUUCUUUCUCUCUUUUUUUUAUCUCUGCAUUGUAAUUUUCUUUGUUAUUUUCCUCCUUGAAUAAAUUGAAGUUUAAACAUUACA